AUGGUUAUUGGUGUAUACGAUAUAAUUACUUGCCUUCAGGACAAUCUACAGGAUGUCAAACAAUGUACGCCCGACAGGCAAGAAGUUAUUUUCAGCAUGAUACGUCAAGUCUCCGGCCGCACCAUGGACGUUUUUUGCGGCGAAUACAACGAGGGUUCUGAUAAGUGCGAUAAGCUAGAAAAACCGCCUAAAAAACUGAAAUCCCAGCGCAGGACUAAAUCGUUUGCCAUUCCCAUAAUUGACGUGCUUAAGGGGUUCCCAGAAACCAACAAAUGUGAAACUGGCUGGUUGAAAAGGUUUGACUCGAACGUGGCCAGAUUAUUAACCGUGGGCAAUUCAGGUAGAAAGUUUCCUGAACAAAGGGGCUCCGAAUUGGAAAAAUUUUGUUCCGAAAAUGACAGAUUAAUCAAAGUGAUUGAAAAGCAACGUAACGAUUGUAUGUUGGACAUGCCAAAACAAAUAACGGGUGUUUUAAUAUACGCUGAAAACAAAGUAGAGGGUGUGCAACAAUGCUCUGCUGAUAAUAUCGCUACCUUGAUGACCAUAAUUCGAUCGGUAACCGGAAACACCGUGGACGUAUUUUGUGGUGAUUAUACAGAAGAGUCGGAUAAAUGCAAUAAGCUAGGCUUGCCACCAAGAAAAUUAAAAUCUCAGCGCCGGACAAAAUCGUUUGCCGUACCUAUGAUUGACGUUCUGCAGGGAUUUCCCGAAGUCUAACCAUGGAUAAUU